UAACGGGAACCCGGAAGAGGAAGAAAUGGAAAGUUUAUGUAAACUGUUGACUACUGUCGGACAACAACUCGAUCAUUUUAAAGCUAAAUCUCACAUGAAUCAAUAUUUUGAACGGAUGGAAUCCAUGUCAAAAAACAACGCAUUGAACAGCCGUAUAAGAUUCAUGUUAAUGGAUGUAAUUGAAUUACGAAAUAAUGAUUGGGUACCGAGACGUGAUAAUAAUGCUCCGAAGACUAUUGCAGAAAUUCACGAAGAUGCGGCAAAACAAAAAGAGGAGGCCGAAUUUAUGCGGAGAACGGCUAGUUCAGGUGGUCGAGGAUUGCCUAAAAUGGCGGAUCAAAUGUCACGAACUGGAUCUGGUCGUCGUGAUAAGGGGUCGGGCCCACACGGCUCUGGUGGACAACAAACUGAUGGUUGGAGUACGGUAGCACCAUCGGCAUCACGGAAAACAGGCGAUUUAUCAAAAUUUGGAGCUUUACGUAACAAGGUCUCAGGAAGUGUAAAUUUGACACCGGGUGGAGGUGCCUUUUCAUCAAAAUGGAAAACAGAAAGCAAAGAUCGUGAUGAUAAGACUUUAGGCAUGGCCCGUGCAAAUUCGACAUCAAACACAUAUAGCGUGCUAACUCAUACUGACACUGAGACCCGUAAGUCCUCUGAUGGGUCUUUUGAUUCGCAAAAAUCUACUUCGAUGGAAAGAAAAAAGUUGCAACUUAUGCCGCCAUCAAAGACUAUAUCUGAUGAGAAUAAUGCUCCUAAAUCAAUUAUGACGAAAUCUUCGUCUGCAUCUCCGAUGUCAGAAGAAACAGCAAGGAAAAAGAUUGAUAAUAUGAUUGAAGAAUACUUUAAUGUAUUAGACAUAGGAGAAGUGAUUUAUUGUAUAAAUGAUUUGCCCAAAGAAUAUCACUCAAUGGCAAUCACAGAGUUUGCUAAUAAGGCUCUUGAGAAGAAACAGGAAGAUGUAUAUAAAGUCACCGAUUUGUUUAAGACAUUUGUUACAAAGGGCGUAAUAACAAAACCAAUAUUUAUGAAAGGGUUUAGUUCAACAGUGGAAUUUCUAGCAGAAAUUGGUGCAGAUGCUCCAAAGUCUUAUGCCUUUACUGGACAGUUGUUUUAUAGUUCUUCAAUUGAGCUUAAAGAAGUAGCGGAAUUGAUGAAACCUUUGCUUGAAGUAGAUGAUGAUAAGGGUAUAGAAAAGGUGGUAUCGGGAUACUUGGAUGCAUGGAAGGAAGCAUCGGACGAGCAGGCAAUUAUGCAAAAAGUAAAAGAAAUCGGGUUUGACUUUAAGUCAAUAUUUUCGAAAAAGAGUAUUAGCGACCUAAAUAAAUUCUUUGAUGACCAU